AUUGUUAACUGGAUAAUAUGGGAUCUAAAGUCAUUUAAAUUAUCUUCCACCUGACAUCAUUGAGAUUUAAGUUUGUUAAUUUUUUUUAUGAAACAAUAAAAAUUGCUAUUCUAUUUAUCUUUAUAUUUGACUGGAAUCACGGACUUGAUAUUCUAUGAGUACUAUUAAAAUGAGAAAAUUUAGUUGUUAUAACCUCAAUUUUUGAUUUUUAAAACUAAGUUUCUCUUGUUGUGAAUGAGCGAAAAAUAUGUCGUCCAAACUUUCUUACGUACCAUUAUCAUCUUCAGUAAAUCCCAGUUUUUGGAGCAAGUUAUCAGAACUUAAACUAGAUAUAUAUAAAUUGAAUGAAGUUGAACAACAUAUAUGGGGCUAUUUAGAGUUAAUAAACAACCCAAGUUGCCCCCUUAGUCUUGUAGAAAUUGAUAGUACGUCGUUUAAUACUUCUGCUUAUGGCCAAAAUAUGAAUUUAUUAUUCCAUGGAAAACUCAUUAAUACAAAUACUAUUGAGAGAUUUCGGGAGUAUGAUAAAACACAACUUAUUAAUGAUUUUGGAGUACAACUGCAAGAGAAGUUGAAAAAUGGUGAAGCCCUAAGGAACCCUUCAGUACUAAAUUGCUUCGUUUUGUUAUCUUUUGCUGAUAUAAAAAAAUUCCAUUAUUAUUAUUGGUUUGCAUUUCCUGUUCCUAAAGGUGUGAAUAUAAUAAACAUUACAACACAUAAAAUAAUAUCUGAAUUUAAUAAUGAUUUGCUCCAAAAAUUUUUGACUUCAUAUAAAAAUUUAGAUAACACCCAAAAUGGAUACUUUGCAUUAUUUCGUAAAAACGAUGAAAUAGAAUUGAAUACUUUAGAAUUUACCUAUGAUAAAUUACCUUCCACUGAUUCCAAAAUAUAUUUUGGGUUCUAUAACACAGCAAAAGGCUCUAAAGUAGGUACUCAGCUAAGAAAUUUUGUGCUGCAUAUUUUGCAUUAUUGUCCAUUUUUAGAAAAUAAGGAAGUAAAAUUUGUAGCCAUUACUCUUAGUAGAGGAAAGUCUGAAAUACAUUUAAAAGAUAGUAUGAUCCAUGUGCUGAAAUUACCGAAACUAGAUCCCGAUGUUUACUCCUCAUGGGUGGGUUGGGAGAGAAAUGAACGAGAUAAAUUGGGACCAAGAUUCGCUAAUAUGAGGACGUCUUUGGACCCCUCAGUAAUAGCUGAAAAUUCUGUUGAUUUAAAUUUGAAACUCAUGAAAUGGAACCUUUUGCCUUCUAUUGAUCUUGAAAAACUAAAAAAAACAAAAUGUUUGUUAUUGGGGGCUGGUACUUUAGGAUGUUCUGUAGCCAGGACUUUAUUAGGUUGGGGUAUUAGAAAUAUCACUUUUGUCGAUAACGCGACUGUUUCUUUCUCAAAUCCAGUGAGGCAGAGUUUAUUCACUUAUCAAGAUUCUGUCGAAGCAAAACCAAAAGCACAAGCAGCCGCCGAUGGACUGAAAUUAAUAUUUCCCGGUGUGAACAGCAAAGGUUACCAUAUGAAUAUAUCAAUGCCUGGUCAUACAGUUGGGCAAAGUUUUAUUGAACAAACUACAGUAGAUGUUCGAAAACUCAUUGAACUAAUUGAAGAACACGAUGUUAUGUUCUUAUUGAUGGAUUCUAGAGAAAGUAGAUGGUUACCAACAUUAUUAGGAGCAAAUCAGCAAAAAUUGGUUGUUAAUGCAGCUUUAGGCUUUGAUUCGUAUCUCAUAAUGAGGCAUGGUAUACACAAUGAAAUUACCAAUAAAUCACUUUUACCACAUCCGGAAGGUUUUAAAUGCAUACUAGGAAAUAAUUUAGGUUGUUACUUUUGUAAUGAUGUUACUGCCCCCGGAGAUUCUAUGAAACAUAGAACUUUAGAUCAACAGUGCACUGUCACAAGACCCGGUGUGUCUCAAAUAGCUGGUGCUUUGGCAGCCGAAUUAGCAGUUUCUUUGUUGCAACAUACAGAGGGGGUAUCAGCACCUGCUUUCUACACUUCAUGUAACCAAAAUUCAAAUAACUUGAACAUGGAAAAUUUAAAUCCCUCAAUUUUGGGUAUAGUACCGCAUUCCAUAAGAGGUUUCUUGUCUUCUUUCGAACAGUUUCUACCAGCAACUGAAAAAUAUAAAAAUUGCGUAGCUUGUUCAGAUCUGAUUAUCAAUGAGUACAGACAGAAAGGAAUGGAAUUUCUAUUCGAGGUAUUCGCUUCUUCGAAACAUUUAGAAGAUGUAGCUUUAUUAACUGAAAUAUAUAAAGAAAUGGAAAUGGAAGAAAUACUGGAGUUUAGUGAUGGAGAAGAUGUUGGUGGUUCCAGUGUUGGUUCAAACAAUUAGAAGGAAUUUGUAUAGUCAACGUGAUUUCACUUGUAACUCAACAUAUUAUUUACUUAGUUUACUGUGUUGUACUUAUUUUGAUCAUUAAAAAUAUCCAAGCGUAUGCACACA